AAACCAAGUUUAUUACCGUGUAGGAAAGAUGGCAGACGUGCAGCCGCCACCCCUCAGGAGCCUGGAUGAUUUUCUCCUCAGCUCGGCCCGGUUCGCCGUGCCCGACGUGCGCGACCUGGAGCGCUGGAACAACCGCAUCAUCAACAACCUCCUGUACUACCAGAGCAACUACCUGCUGUCCGCACUGCUCCUCCUGCUCAUAGUGGGGUAUUUCCAGCCUUUCCAGUUGUUUGUCGGGGCGACGGUGGUCACCUUGUUGUUCCUGGGUUUUGUCUGGGCCGCCGAGAACCAAGCUACUAUUCGCCGUUUCCGUAGAAACCACCCGUCAGUCGCUGUGUUGGCCAUUCUUUUGGCCAGUUACCUCUUCAUAUCAGUGCUGGGAGACGUUGCCGUGUUCCUGUUUGGGAUAGCCUUCCCUAUACUGAUGGUUCUGGUCCAUGCGUCGGUGAGGCUGCGCAGCCUGAAAAACAAGCUAGAGAACAAACUGGAGAGCAUUGGUCUGAAGAGGACACCCAUGGGACUCCUGUUGGAGGCUCUGGGACAGGAACAGGAGGCCGGAUCCUAGAGAGAAAGAGGAGGAGGAGGUGUGCAGGGGUGGGGGAUAGUUUGGGUACCAUCUGAGGGGAAUGGCAAGAGAAAUAGAUGUGAAGUUCGUGGGAAACGGGAAGAAAGAGAAGGAGAGAAUUACUGCGGGGCAAGAAGAAGAGUAAUAAGGUGAAGUUGAAAGUAAGGAAGAAAAAGGGUGGUUUGGUUUGUACAAACAACCAAUCAGAAGUCACCAGUGAAGGAGGACACCCAUUCUGUGGUCUAAUGGGAAAAGGACAGAUGAAAUGCACAGAAAUCAUCAUAACAAAGAAAUCAUCACUCAUCUGCCAAACCUUGCACUUUAAGCACACAUUGUUUCGUUUCAUUUAUUUUGACAUGAUGCAGUUCUGUCUUUGCACUAAGUGUGCAGUGACGUAGCCAUAUAGCCAUAUUCACAGCUUUGAUAUGAUUUGUAUGAAGUUCUUCUCCUUUGAGUCAUUGUGUAUCUGCACAUUGACUCAGUGAUUCGUACUCUACCUGCCCUCUCCUGUCUGAAUAUUGAUCUGUGCUCCGUCUCAGUGCCUAAGGAGCUAUAACGUCAAUAACGUCAUAAUUAUGCGAGACAGAGUUUUGAGAACAGUUGCAACUUUACGUGAAAAGCUUUGAUGUUUUGAGUAACGGUUGUAAUUUUUACAAGAAACUCUUCUAAACUUUUGCUCUUACAGAAGUACAACUUCAAUAUUAAAUAUUAUGACUUUAUCAUAUAAGAUAAAUGUUUUUUGUGAAGUUACAACUUUAUUUUUGAAGCAUUGUAGCAUUAUGUUAUCUUAUAGAUAUAUUUGGUAAUGUUAUUACUUUUUUAUGUAAAAUAAAACUUUAUUCUUGAAAUAUAGAUAUUUUUAACUUUAUUACCAUAAUUUUUUUCUUGUAAAAUUGCAAUGGUGUUUGAGCAUAUUAUGACUUUUUCUUAUAAAAUAACAAAUUGGUCUCUUAAUGUUAUGACUUUUUCUCGCAAAAAUACAACUGUAUUCUUGAAAUAUGACUACUUUUUCUCAGAAAAUUGCAACUCUACUCUCAAAACCUUUUCUCCCCUCACAGUGGUCCUUAUACUCCAUCAUACAGAGCCCCCAUAUUUAUUUUCUUCCUGCCGGGGUCUCAGUACACACGUCAUACGCACAAUUGUGGAAAGCCAAAGUAUUGAUACUGUACCCUAUAUGUGGUAGUACUUAUUAGCCUUUUAAUUCUCUCAUCAUAGCAAGAGGAACAAAAUAUGAUUAAUGUCGAACCACAGUGUGACAUGCAAGUAAUUAUGUCCAUACUGUAAAUACAGAGCAAAACAGCAAGUAUGACUAAGUACAUACCAAUGUAUCCAACAGGUCCAUUACAGCCCACCACAAGACCACUACAAAAGUAAAUGUCUAAGAUUUAACCUUGUAUUUAUUCUAGCUGCUUCCCUCCAAUGUCUUAAUUUAAAAAGGAUCAAUCGCAUUUUAAUAAUCCAUUUUUUUGUUAAUGAAAGAGGUUAAAGUUGCAGAAGGUGACUUUUAUAAAAAUAACUUUUUGUCAUAUUUGCUGAAAUUCUUACUGUGCCCUGAUAGUAGUACAUGAGACAGCAAAUCUGCAAAAAAAUCUGGUUCCUUUGGCCCGUUCAAGCGCUCCUAAUGGCAUUUGCAGGAAUCCACCGGGCCUGAGCGAAAACAACCAGUAAGUGCUGAGAAAGAUAUGAAGACGCUUUGGGUUGGUGGCUUGAAGAUAGUUGAUCGUUGAGUCUCAAAGCAUCUGAAUUUAGAACCUGGGAAUGAGACUCAGCAAUCAACAAUCUUCCUUGGCUCUGAUUGGUUGGUUUUGUUCAGGCCCAGUGGAUUUGUGAAAAUGCCAUUAGGAGCACUAGAACGAGCCAGAGGCACCAGAUUUUAUUUAGUUUCAGCAAAUAUGACAAAGAAUAUUAUUUUAUAUAAUAUGUAUUUAUAUAAUUUAAAAUGAUCUACUACAGCUUUAAUCCAUCUGUUUUGAAUAAUCGUGUUUCCAAUAACUCGAAGUAACUUACUUAACUUAAUAACUGACUUCAUAGGAAUUCCCUUUUCUUUUAGUGUUUACAUUAUUUUGUGUUGCAUUGAAAAGUGACUUAAAUGCUUAAAUGAGGUGAAGGUUCGAGGUUAGAAGGCAAUGGGAGGUUUUAUAUGAAGAACAAGUUCAGAACAAAUCCAGUCAGCUCCUUAAAUCCAAGACUUUAUUGAGCAUGGUGUUGAUAAAGGACCAACGGGAGCACGAGUGAUUCGUGAAGGAAACAAAUUCCCUGAUUUAAACUAAUCAUUUUAGUAACCACAUUUCUAAGUCUAUAUUUAUCCAGAAUAAAAGGCCUCACCAACAGAGCUGCCCAUUACAGUCCUCCACUGCUGGUCAGUGGGAGUUGCCCAGUCUUCCAGUGCCGGCAGCUGGGAGAGGCUCUACUGGAGCAAAUGAAUAACUUUGAAUUUACCCUUAAUUCCUGUAGAACUUAAAUCCUUGUUACCAUGAAUAACCACUAACCAAUAGCAUUUGUUGGUAGCUGUGCCAACACUUGUGGUGACUGUAGUUUGCCAUUUUCUCCUUGUAAUUUGCUAUGUUUUUAGCCGUGCUAGCGAUUCGUCUCUAGGGAUAGCAGUGUUGGUCUACCACUUUGUGCCAGACUGAAAUAUCUCGACAAUUAUUGGAAGAACUGUGAGAUUCAUGGUGACUAGAGGAAGAUGCUUACUGACUUUAGUGAUCCUUUGACUUGUUCUCUAGCGCCACCAUGAGGUUAAAAUUUUCAAUUAUCCAAUGAAGUAUCUCAUCAUCUUCUAAAGGGAUUGGGACGACAUUUCAGUUUCCAUUUAUUUUGGUGCAGAAGUCCUUACGUUAUAUGUAGGUUAGUGUUCUGCUAUAGCUUCUGUAACUCAGUGCAAAGUAAUUUGUUAGCAUACAAAAAGCUACAGCUUCCAUGAAACUUUACCAGGGCCGCAGUGGAAGUACAGACGCCAUUGUAACUUGGUUUAAUAACAGCUGCUGUUAUUACAGACAUGCCUGAUCUAACCAUGGACUCGCCACUCGCGUCGGUCAAAGAUUUAUGGGAAAUGGUGUUCGUUAAGGCCUCUGAAAUGGAAAUAUUAAUGUUAAAAGAACAUUUUUUUAAAAAUCACAACCCUUAUCAAGACUCGUAAGGAGAGAACCACCUGACAUAGGCCACAUUGAAUGAAGUCUUCUUACUUCUGGAUCCGAACCCGGAAGUUCCAGUUUCACUCCGGCUGGGCUAUACCCGCAAAACUAAUGACAUUUUCAUCAAGCCUCAGCUGUACUUUGUGUUUAAUGCUAGCAAAUGUUAAAGACUUUCUGAAGAGUCCACAAUCACUCCCAACUACACCAGUAUUAAAGAUGGGAUUUAAACCCUCACCUCAUUCCAUAAACCUGAACACAUUAGACCGCUUCAGAUACCAUUGUAAACAUGAAGCAGGAUGUCCAGAAUUGUAAUGUACAGGCUACAUGGUAGGUUCCUGAUGUAGGACAGCUCUUUGUAGAAAGACAAAAAAGACAUUCCUGUGUUGUUCUUAUGAGCUUAGGACAUUUAGAAAACAUUACUAUGAAGGAAGGGUUUUUCAGCAGUUUUAUAGCAAAUGAUUUUGUACAAGAAAAGCUCAGUGAAGGUAUUUGACAAAUUGAAAGUUAUUUUAUUGUAUACUAGCUGCCUGUUGUGGGGACUGUUUAUUGUUAUGGCUUUGUUGAAACCUGAUAUAAGAAAAACCUGUUCUAGACAUAUGUAGGUGGUAACCUACCUCUGCAUCCUGUAUUCAAGGAACUGGGUUUUCUUCUGUAUUAUUUUUAUUUCUUAGAUGGUUUCAGAUUCUUCCUGACCAUUUCUAAUCCAUGUUGGUAAAAUUGGCUGCAAGAAGGUGUUUAUUAAGAUGCGAGACGGCCAGCUUUUGUUUUUAUGUAUGCCUUUUUGAUGAUUAUGUUGUUGACUAUUGAAGACUAGCAUCAGUGCCCUGCAGAAAAAAUAACCCUAUUAAGUGGUUUGAUUGUCUUAUUGUGUAGCCUAUGUGCCAUUUUAGUUUUGAUAUUUGCAUUGUACAGUUAUGUCAGACAUUUAGCUGAUGUACUUAUCCGGAGCCACAUGAAAGUGGCUGGGAACAUGGCUGUUCUGGAGCUUGAACAAACUACUGUUAGAUUUCUAGCGCUAGAGCAGCCUGCCCUAUUAAUGGUUUGUCUUGGCCUUGCAUCACUAAACACAAGUCAGGAAAAGCACUUAAAUCUGAACAAAAAGAAACACUUUUUAGCUACUUUGUAACUCUAAAGCAUUUGCUGAAUUACUAGAAUGUAAACAGAGAGGAGAACAUUUCUGCACAACAGUGCACAUUUAAUUACUUUACAGGUGAUGAGUCUGUUGCCUCCAUUCAGCUAAAUGUUUGAAUUGUCAUUUACCAACACCAUGUCUUCAACUCGUGUGCCAAAAGCUGGUAAUUCAAUAUAUUUAAAACAUUUUUAAAUAAAAAGAAUGCUGUAUUGCAAA